AAGACAAUCUAGAGCCUGAAAUUACUGUCAUCUUCCUUAUACCACUAUCAUUUUUAUCAUUUUUCUUUCUACCCCUUGCAGGCCUCUCUGCUGAAAGAGGCCUACAGGAGGGCGGGCUCUUCCAGGGCUUACAGAAAGAAAUAAGGAAGACGACCGUAAUUUUAUAGCUUUGACAUAAUGGAGUCUGAAAAUUUAUUUGAAGAUCUCAAGAAGGAGAGUGUGGAUCUUGAAAAUAUUCCCAUUGAGGAAGUUUUCAAGCAGCUAAAAUGUAGCAGAGAAGGUUUAACAUCAGCUGAGGGAGAAAAUAGGCUACAAAUUUUUGGUCCCAACAAGCUAGAGGAGAAAACAGAAAGCAAGUUCCUUAAAUUCUUGGGUUUCAUGUGGAAUCCACUAUCAUGGGUUAUGGAGGCUGCUGCUAUUAUGGCCAUUGCAAUGGCUAAUGGAGGGGGCAAGCCAGCAGAUUGGCAAGAUUUCGUUGGUAUUGUUGUGUUGCUCAUCAUCAACUCAACCAUUAGUUUCAUUGAAGAAAACAAUGCUGGCAACGCCGCAGCAGCUUUGAUGGCUGGUCUUGCACCCAAAACCAAGGUGUUGAGGGAUGGAAAAUGGUCUGAGCAAGAGGCAGCAAUUUUGGUGCCUGGAGAUUUGAUCAGCAUCAAGUUGGGAGAUAUUGUUCCAGCUGAUGCUCGUCUGUUGGAGGGAGAUGCCCUUAAGAUUGACCAAUCUGCACUCACUGGUGAGUCACUUCCAGUCACCAAGAACCCUGGUGAUGAGGUCUUCUCUGGUUCCACCUGCAAACAAGGUGAGCUUGAGGCUGUUGUCAUUGCCACUGGUGUCCAUACCUUCUUUGGAAAGGCUGCUCACCUUGUAGACAGCACCAACAAUGUUGGUCACUUCCAAAAGGUGUUGACAUCCAUUGGAAACUUCUGUAUCUGCUCCAUUGCCGUGGGAAUGUUGAUUGAGAUUGUUGUGAUGUACCCAAUCCAACAUAGGGCAUACAGAGAAGGUAUUGACAAUUUGUUGGUUCUUCUCAUUGGAGGUAUCCCAAUUGCCAUGCCAACAGUUUUGUCUGUGACCAUGGCUAUUGGGUCUCACCGUUUGUCUGAGCAAGGAGCUAUCACCAAGAGGAUGACAGCUAUUGAGGAAAUGGCUGGUAUGGAUGUUCUCUGCAGUGACAAGACUGGAACUCUCACACUUAACAAGCUCACUGUGGACAGGAAUUUGAUUGAGGUGUUCCCAGCUGAUUUAGACAAGGAAGGUCUUCUCUUGGCUGCUGCCAGGGCUUCCAGGGUUGAAAACCAGGAUGCUAUUGAUGCUUCAAUCGUUGGGAUGUUGAGUGACCCCAAGGAGGCUAGAGCAGGAAUCACUGAGGUGCAUUUCUUGCCCUUCAACCCAGUGGGUAAACGCACAGCUAUUACCUACUAUGACAGCCAAGGAAAUUGGUACAGGUGCAGCAAGGGUGCUCCUGAGCAAAUUAUUGAACUUUGUCAACUCAAGGGAGAGACUUUGAAAAAGGCUCACAGAAUCAUUGAUCAGUUUGCUGAACGCGGUCUGCGCUCAUUGGGUGUUUCUCGCCAGACUAUUUCAGAAAAGACCAAGGAAAGUGAAGGAGACGCAUGGGAGUUUGUGGGUCUCAUGCCACUCUUUGACCCUCCAAGGCAUGACAGUGCUGAGACUAUUCGACGUGCUCUUGACCUUGGCGUUAAUGUUAAGAUGAUCACUGGUGACCAACUUGCCAUUGGAAAAGAAACUGGUCGCAGACUUGGAAUGGGAACAAACAUGUAUCCUUCAUCCUCACUUCUUGGUGAUAACAAGGACCCUGCCAUUGCAUCAAUCCCAAUUGAUGAACUCAUUGAGAAGGCUGAUGGAUUUGCUGGAGUCUUCCCUGAACACAAGUACGAAAUUGUGAAGAGGUUGCAAGAUAGAAAACACAUUUGUGGUAUGACUGGAGAUGGUGUGAAUGAUGCACCUGCAUUGAAAAAGGCAGACAUUGGUAUUGCUGUUGCUGAUGCAACCGAUGCCGCAAGGAGUGCCUCAGACAUUGUUUUGACAGAACCAGGUCUAAGUGUGAUUGUGAGUGCUGUGUUAACUAGCAGAGCCAUCUUCCAAAGGAUGAAGAACUACACAAUCUAUGCUGUUUCCAUCACCAUCCGUAUUGUGUUUGGAUUCAUGCUCGUUGCUUUGAUAUGGAAGUUUGACUUCUCACCUUUCAUGGUCCUCAUCAUUGCCAUCUUGAACGACGGAACCAUCAUGACCAUCUCCAAGGAUAGAGUGAAACCAUCACCAGUGCCUGAUUCAUGGAAGCUCAAAGAAAUCUUCGCUACUGGAGUUGUUCUUGGAUCUUACAUGGCCAUCAUCACUGUUGUUUUCUUCUAUUUAGUCCAUGACACUGAUUUCUUCACAAGAGUUUUUGGUGUGAAUCCAAUUGCAGACAGCAACGAUCAACUAAACUCAGCUCUGUAUCUUCAAGUGAGUAUUAUUAGUCAAGCACUCAUCUUUGUGACAAGGUCAAGGAGUUGGUCUUAUGUUGAACGCCCUGGCUUGUUGCUUGUCGCUGCCUUCUUUGCUGCACAAUUGGUGGCAACUGUGAUUGCUGUGUAUGCACACUGGGAGUUUGCUAGAAUUAAUGGUAUUGGAUGGAGAUGGGCUGGAGUUAUCUGGAUCUUCACCAUUGUUACUUACAUUCCUCUUGACAUCCUCAAGUUCUUAAUCCGCUUCGGAUUAUCAGGCAGGGCAUGGGACAGCAUGAUAGAUAAUAAGACUGCUUUCACAACAAAGAAGGACUAUGGAAGAGGAGAGAGGGAGGCUCAAUGGGCUUUGGCUCAACGCACACUCCAUGGUCUCCAAGUUCCUGAAACCCACAAGAACAACAACAACCACCAUGAACAAUCCGAAAUUGCUGAGCAAGCCAAGAGACGUGCUGAGGCUGCCAGGCUCAAGGAGCUCCAUACACUGAAGGGACAUGUUGAAUCUGUGGUGAAGUUGAAGGGUCUUGACAUUGAUACCAUCCAACAACACUACACACUCUAAGUGAAUUUUAAGGAAUUAAAAUAUUAUGGAAUAUAUAAAUAUCCGUAGGAUGUAUUAUCGUUGAAGACGGGACCAGAGAUUAAUGGAGCAGAUGAAACUAUGUAUUUUAUUUGCUUUAUACAUUCCCAUUUCCUCCUUAGCAUAGAUGUGACAAUAUUAUGCAAAGCUAGAAAAUGUAUAUUGCAGCUGGUCAUUUUUCAAAUACCAGUAAAAAACUAAUAAUAAUAUUAUAUUGAAAACAAUUUUG